AUGUACAGCUCUUGGAAACUGACUUCAACUGCAAGUAAAACACAAGCAGACAACAACAGUGAUGUAGAAAUUAUAGAUGACAAAUCAACAGAAAGAGAUUCGCCAAGAAGUCUGUUGCAGAAGAAUGACAUUUUACUUGUACAUGAUGAUGUCAGUGACAAUCAUACCUGUGUAACACCAACAAGAACAAAUUUACAAGUUGCUCCACUGUCGGAUAAAGACAUCAGUACUCAUGCUCUUGAUAGUGACAGCAUACAGUUACAUCAACAAGUGAAAGCUACAGACUUCAAAGGUGGGGACACAAGAAUCAAGGAAAUCGAUAAAGAAACUGUGGAACGUGACCUGUUUAACACUUCUCUAUUGCAGUUAUGUCAAACAGGGGCAACCUUUGAAGAAUGGAAGGCAGAAGAUGAUGAUGAUACCAUACUCAGAGAACAUCCAAUAGAAGAAGGAGAGUGCUGGCUUAGUAUUGACUUACGUGUUGCUCUGUGGAUGGAUUACAGAUGCUUUGUCAACAAGCCUCAUUUAAAAACUGUGGGUGAUUUUGUGCUUGUUACAAACAACCUGCACAUUGACUUCAACAACUUUGCCGCAAAAUAUACAAUGCCAGACAUAUACUUUGUACCUGCAGCAGCUUUGCUCAGGUAUUGGUGCAGGUGCGGGCAACAAUACCAAACUCCUAUUUAUAAAUAUGGGAAACAAUACAUUUACCUUAGCAGCUCUCAACUAGAUGAUCUGUGUGCUUGAAUACGUGACAUGAAGGAACAAUUCUAUAAGCAUGGUAGACAGAUCUUUUAUGGGUUACAAUAGCUAUAUUAAUGUAAUGUUGUCUGUUCAUUGAAUGUAAUCAUGAAGUCAGCCCAAGACUCAUAAGCACCGUUUCAGGUUUAAUACAACUCCUGUUGCAUAUUGUUUACAGCAAACUUGACAUCGUGAAGUUCUAAAGUCCCUAUCAAUAACCAAGUUGACAUGCUGUUGCCGGUAUAGGUCAUUCUGUUAACCUUCAAUGCUUUGGGAACGGCAUGCUUAGA